UGGGUCAAGACGCCGCUCUCUGUGGCAUCUGCUGACCAGUUCCCUAGUUCUCAGUCGGAUAACGCUCCUCCGAAUAUAAACUUCUCGCGAUGAAGUCGCCGUGUGGUGUUAGCGCUGUGAUUACGUUUUUUCUCCUCGCGAUCGGCCACGCCCCGUCGCCCACUGCCGCCCAGUUCAAUCAGCGCAGGCGAGGUAGUCACCGCUCAGUUCGGCAAAACUGCAUCACUCCGGAGAAUUACUAUGGCAGUUGUGUGACCCUGAGCUACUGUCCCCAGGUGGCGAACAUUAACAUUAACGAGGAGCUGGCGCAACGCUAUGUGUUUGCCCUGCAGCGCAUCUGUGGCUCCCGCAACAUUUACGGGGAUCCGGUGGUCUGCUGCACUAAGCCCGGAACUAACCCGGUCACAGAGCGACCCAUUAACCCCUUCUUCCCCACAGACUCCCCUUACCGGCCUCCGCCGGUAGUGCACGAGAAUACCUACUUUACCACAUCGGCUCCUCCACCGGUUACCACGGCGGCACCUGUCAUCGAACUACGAGGCGAUGUUUGUCGCGGACCAGACACCAAACCCGGAAAUUGUGUGGAUAUCAAAUCGUGUACUUCCCUGCUGAAUGAACUGCGGGUGAAGCAGCGAGAUGAGAGCUUUGCAAAUUUCCUGCGUGCCUCUAGGACGGUCUGCGGAAACAAGGGCUUCCAGGUGUGCUGCCCCAAUGGAAGGACAGUGGUCGCCACCACCAAGGCAAGGCCACGUUUGCUGAACGUGGAGGACGUGUGCGGCAUCACUGAGCGCAACUACAGAAAGAUAGUCGGCGGGGAAGUGAGCCAAAAAGGUGCAUGGCCUUGGAUCGCGCUUUUGGGCUACGAUGAUCCCUCUUUGUCGACCUUCAGGUGUGGAGGCACGCUGAUCACCGCCAGACAUGUGCUUACAGCAGCCCAUUGCAUCAUUAGUAAUCUGCAGUUUGUACGCCUGGGAGAACAUGAUCUGAGUUCGGAGACGGAAACCACACACAUAGAUAUCAAUGUGGCAAGGUACGUGGCUCAUCCGGAAUACAAUCGCCGCAACGGACGCAGCGACAUUGCCAUUCUGUACUUGGAGCGAAAUGUACCCUUCUCCUCCAAGGUCACGCCCAUUUGCCUGCCGAAGUCACAGCCUCUGCUCUCCAAGACAUAUGUUGGCUAUAUGCCUUUUGUGGCCGGUUGGGGGAAGACUCAGGAGGACGGUGAAUCCGCCACUGUACUUAACGAGCUGCAGAUUCCCGUCUACAAGAACGAGGUGUGCGCCCAGAGCUAUGCGGCCCAGAAGCGCUACUUCAGCGCCGAUCAGUUCGAUGCUGCGGUGAUCUGUGCCGGAGACAUUGGCGGUGGCCACGAUACCUGCCAUGGCGAUUCCGGUGGACCGCUGAUGAUACGGGAACAGGACAAACGGUACUAUCUGAUCGGAGUGGUGUCCUACGGCAUUGGUUGUGCUCAGCCAAAAGUGCCCGGUGUUUACACCAGCACACAGUACUUCAUGGACUGGAUCACACAACAAGUCCUGGACACGUCCUAAGGAGUCAGCGUUGCCAUGCCAUAAAUGUAAUAUAAUAUAAUUAAUAUAUAUAUUUUUUAAAUACCCGUAAAAUUUACGUAACCUAAGUGCUAAGCUUAAGAGCAAGAUCUUUCCAUUCUUAUAGUGCAAAUAUUGACACUCCUGGCUUUGUUCUCAGGAUGUCUAAUCUCUGGGUUAGAUGCCUAGAAGCAGCAGGACUCCUUUUAGGGUUACUGCUUAUAUCCUUAUGCAAAUCGAGCGCAAGACGUCCAUCAAUCAUGCUGGUAAUGAUCGAGAAAAAAAGGGGUUUACUCUACAUAUAUGUAAAUGCGGGGUAAGAAGGCAGCCGUCGUCCCUGGACAUGAACUGCAUUGUAAUUGCUCUGGC